UGCCUUCACCAACGCAGAUUGUAGUAACAUCUGAAAAUUUCAAAACUUUCUUGCAUUGGCAGUACCCACCUAUGUCUGAAACUCCUCAUUUUAUUGUGGAAGUCAAACCUUACAACAUAGGUUACUAUAAGGUCGUCUCAACUUGUGUGAACAUUUCAGCUCGUUUUUGUGAUCUCUCAAGGGAAAUACAUGAUCCUUUUGUCUCUCACUGGCUUCGAAUUAAAGCUGUUGUUGGGUCACAGCAGUCUGAGUAUGUUGAGACAAAUGAGUUUAUUUUGCAAAAGCAUGGAAAAAUAGGACCACCAAAACUGAAUCUCUCCAGGCACAGUGAUGAAAUCAUGGUUGAUAUUUACCAUCCUGCAUUCCCAUCUGUGGAGUUUCUUCCUUGGGUCAGAGAUGUUUAUUCAGAGCUCACGUACUUGGUGACUUUUUGGGAUAUUAAUAAUCGGAGUAAAGAAGAGUUCUCUGAAGAAAACUGUACCUUGUAUAAAUGUAGCCUCAAGAUCCCAGUUCCUGCUGAAGGUUCCACUUACUGUGUUUCAGCAAAGGGAAGUUUAUAUGACGAUCUGAUGAUUGGUGCCCCAUCUGAAGAAAGCUGCAUUCAUGUUCCUCUCAGGCAGACAUUGAGCACACAAGAUGUCAUCAUUUUGUGUGGUGUUAUUCUGAGCAUGAGUCUAAUUCUGACAGUAUGUUGUGGCUGCAAGAAACUAAGGAAGAAGAACAUAAAGCUGCCUAAGUCUUUGGUCAGUGUGAUAAGAAACCUGAACACAGACAGCAUUCUAGAAUCAAAGUCGGAGACAAAAUACGUAUCUGUAAUAAGCAUCAUGCCAGGCCAGUCAGCAACUGAUGAAGUAACGUCACUGGAGGUAGAGCCAAAGGAAGAAACUGUUAGUCCUGAGAAUUCCAGUGAAGGAGCAUCUUCUGUUCCUCCCCCAGAGGCACCGGCCAAAGCAGAAGAGGUGUCUGUGCAGGAGUGCACAGAGGAGGUAUCUUCUGAUAAUGAACAGAAUCGCAAAGUAAAAGAGAGUUAUUUCACUUCUGACAGUAGCCGAACGGAUACAUGCAGUAACUCUUCAGGCCCAGAGGUUUCUGCCACAAAAAUACAACCAACAGCCAUUCCAAGCAGCUGUCUCAAGUUUUCUGGCUAUGACAAGCCUCAUGUGCCAUUAGAUAUGCUGAUAGAUGUUGGCGAAGAACAGCCUGUCAUUGCUUACAGGCCAACUGACUAA